CAGAGUCGCAGGCCGGCACAACGUGUACACAUCCUCUGCAUCCACUCGCGCUGGACUUGAGCUUGAGCUUGUCACCUGGAAACGACUCACUGCGCUGAAUUACUGGAACCCUGCCUCUGCCAGUGCGGUCUGAGGUCAUGUCGGGUUUCGCCUCUGUCUUCGUGAUGGCGGUCUUGCUGGGGGCGGCGUCGUUUGGGACCGGCAUGCUGCCUUUGUCGGUGGCCUUCUCAAAGGCCUCACUGUCCUCCCUCUCCGCUCUCGGGACCGGACUGUUGCUUGGGGCAGCUCUGGGUGUGGUCAUUCCUGAAGGCAUUGAGACACUCGCUUCGUCUCGACAUGCAGACGCGGCCUUCCCAACUUCAGCAAUUGCGCUUUCCCUCAUCGCGGGCUUCACCUUCAUGCUUGUCGUCGAACGCCAAGUGUCGCAUCACUCGCAUGUACCCAGUGAGCCCAAUGCACACCAGCCGCCCAAGCCGAAUGAAGAAACCAUCGUCGAAUUCGAUGUCGAACUCGGCGACUUAGAACGCACUGAGGCAUACACCCCGGCGGAGUCGUCGCAUACGCCCCCGCGACGAGUUGCCGUGGAGGUCUCCGAGCCGCGUGAGCGUGCGUAUCCGCUGACUCUCGGCCUGGUCGUGCACGCGCUCGCGGACGGGCUUGCGUUAGGCUCCGCGUCGCUUUCCGACUCGGCAGCAGAACCGCCGACUGGCGGGUCCAUCUCGGGAUUAUCUCUUGUUGUCUUUUUCGCUCUGGUUGUACACAAAGCCCCCACUGCGCUCGCGCUGACGACAUCCCUUCUCUCCACCUCUCUGCCGCCGUCUCAGUGCAAAAAGCAUCUAGCGAUCUUUAGCGCAGCAACGCCUAUCGGCACGCUGCUUUCGUAUACGCUGUUGUCGUUCUUCGGAGCGGACAGUCAAGGCCGCUGGCCGGGAAUAGCAUUACUCUUCUCCGGCGGAUCUUUCCUAUACGUAGCGACGGUGCUGCAACCGUCGCUCACCCAUGCACACUCCGGCGCGGGGGAAGAGACGGCGUCGAAGACGCGACAACUGUUCCUCACCGUGGUGGGAAUUUUUGCGCCGUACUGCGUCGCUGCUAUAUUGGGGGACGACCACGGCCACUGAGGAAUUUCCAUUCUGCAUUCCGACACAUACGCUCAGCCUCCGUGCAUUCUGUUUUGGCUAUUAUUGAUCAAGCCGCAGGCCGCAGCCAUGCCCUACUUCGAGCGGCGCGACAUGAUGGCUAUCGGGGAUUCCACGAGCCCAGACGGGUGUAGCCUUGGCCCGGGAACCUUUCGAGUCGCACGGAGUUAAGGCGGUGAGGAAAGCUCUCGAACUACAUCCAUAUCGUGUACGAGUUGGCGGGUUGUUGUGAAUUCAGAGUACAUAUCGU